AUGGAAGAGCUAGUAAGCGGAACGAGUUUUACGCAAGCUCCUUGGCUAACUCACCGUCCCGAUGCUAUGCUUCAGGAACUUCAUAGAGGAGACUAUAAGCUUGACAACUUAGAUAAUAGGUAUAUUAAAUACUAUAGAGUCAAUGAUAAAAAUGCAAAAGGCAUUUCCUGUUUUGUACCUUUGGAGACACCUCACAACAUCCCCAAUGAAAGACUCAAUAUGAUGGAAGCACCCUGCUACUUUCUUCCUGAAGAAACAUUCCUUUCAGAAGGAUUGGCUUUAUUUUACACUCAUAAAAUGAAACUCCGGUUUCCAGAAGGCAUUCAAACAGGAUUACAUUUCGUUAUUGCACCUACGAGAUGCAUGACAAAAGAAGACUAUGAACAAGCAGUAAAGGAUCUAAGCUGGCAACUGUGUACUAUCAAAGCCUCUGCAGAGAUGAAGGAACUAAUAUCUCAUGAUGAUGACUUGGAAGGUGUAGAAGACUUUCGAAUGAGCGAACUAUACUGGCUUAUGGAAAUCUGGCAUAUGCAGACAGUAAAUGCAAUGGAUCGCAUUCAUGCCAAUGACAUUCAUACAUGGAUUGCAUUGGACAAACCAUCUUUUCAAGAUCUUCUUCAACAUGAGCCUCGUGCUUAUAUUGUAUUUUCCUCCCUCGUUUGUAUGAAUUCUAGUUUACCUGCAUCUCAUAUAACAGAACUGAUAUAUUUGGGCGACAUUUUGGGUGAACUAAAUGAUGUUUUUGGGUGGAAAAAAGAAGAUGUUUGUACAGCAAGUGUUUAUUAA